AUGAAGACAGAGUCUCGUUACUAUCGCAGUUUUAGGGUCGAGUUGAUGACCUUGUGGGGAUGGUUGUACUGCCUCAAUGAGUGGGUCAAUUGUCGAAGUCAAAAGCCACAAGUUUGGUCCGCUUACGAUAAAGAGCCCAAUAUUCGGCAAUGGAUGAAAUCGCCGUUCUUCUCUGCAAGAAUGGUGCUCAACAACUGCCCGUUCGCAUUUUUCCGGAUAGGCUUCUACCUUCGGUCGUUGGGUCGUGACGAUACGCCUGAUUAUUUCUACCUUGCCUCGUUACUCCAUGAAGCGAGUCGUACAGUGAAACGGAAGCAGAAACCAGAGCCAGUGAAUUUUGAUAAGAUCAUCGCUGAAAAUAAUCUACUCGAGAGGAACUUCUUUUAG